AUGGGGGCUCAGGGGUGUGUCUGGGAGGUGGGGGCCGUGGGGAAGUCUACGUUCGUAAAGCUCCUUGGAAGGAAAUUCCCGGAGUGGCACUUGGUGACCGAACCCGUGGCGCAAUGGCAAAAGGUUCAGGCGACUGGCACAAAAGAGGCUUCCUCUCCUCAGAGCUUUGGUAACCUGCUUCAGAUGAUAUACCAGGAGCCAUCCCGAUGGUCCUACACGUUCCAGACAUACUCCUGCAUGAGCCGACUGAAGGCACAGCUGGAGCCGCUUGCAGAGAGACUGUUGAAGACCCCGGAGCCUGUGCAGGUUUUUGAGAGAUCUGUGUACAGCGACAGGUAUGUCUUUGCGAAAAACCUCUUUGAGGCUGGCCACUUGAAUCCAUUGGAGUGGACCAUUUACCAGGACUGGCACACUUUCCUCCUGCAGGAGCUUGGGGACCGUGCUGCUCUGCAUGGCUUCCUGUAUCUCCAGGCAACUCCGGAGAAAUGCCUGGAGAGGCUGCACCGGAGGGCGAGGUCUGAGGAGAAGGGAAUCCAGCUGGAUUAUCUGCAGCAGCUUCAUGCUCAGCACGAGAGCUGGCUGGUAGAGAAAACUACAGAGAUCCACUUCGCAAACUUAAGGAGCGCUUCCACGCUGGUGCUUGAUGUCAAUCGAGAUUUCGAGCGUGAUGCAGCUGCACAGGAUGUCCUCAUGACAAAGGUAGAGGCUUUUGUCAAGAUGCUGCGAUCCGAAGCUUUGCCAUCGUGCCCUAACCCUCAUUCAGGAAUUUAGCUCUUUGAGACUUCUUGGACCCAGCAGUAUUGUUUUCCACCAAAGACUAAACUGAGCAAUUGGGUGGUUAGCGUUGGAUUUGGAAAGGGGUACUGUUAUCUGAGCGCUCCAGCGAGCUACAGGUCCCAUGCUAGCUUCUAGACUGGCUAUGCCAUGGGUGAAGGAAAGGAUGGAGGUGCUGGAGGCUUUUGGGAGGCAGGUGAGGGGAGGCCACAACACUUUGGUAACAGGGUGAAGCAUGUGUGGGCCUGGGAGAGAAGGGAGUUUUGGAGAACGGUUGCCUGGAAGAGCUUCUGAAGGGUGGUGAGGCACUGCCUUGGGUGGGUGCAGCUGUUGAGUCUGGCACUGAAGAUUUUGGAUCCUCACCAUAAGGACAGGGGACAGAUCAACUGGACUCUGCUUCCCAGCUGUCUGUCUCAGUGAUUUUAACUUCUUCCCUGCCUUGGGCAAAAGAUGUAUUUAUAGCACAGACAACACAGGAUUUUUUUUAAUCUUGAAAGAAAACAAAAACAAUACCAAAAAACCCAACCCUUUCCAAAGCUGCAGUUGUCUGAUGCGCUGUGGCGUGCUCUCAGCAGGAGCUGACGUCUGGGUCUGAGAGACUUCCAAGGAAGUCUAAAGCACCUAAAUCUGUGGUGCUCCCAGAGAUGCAACAUGCAGCAUCUGCACGUCUUGCUCCUGCUCACAAGUAUGUAAUUCUCUGAGUGAAUAAAUUAAUAAAUCUGUGCUGUAAUUCUCCCCACGGAGAGGCGGCCUGUUGCUGCAGGGGUGUAGGCCCGUAGCUCUGGGGAGACCUCAGCCGACAAGGUGGCAGCAGGACCUGUCCGGAGCCAGGCAGGAGGCGAAUGAGCCUCCCAUAAGCAGCAGAGAUGCCUCUGCAAGGGUGCUUGCAGGUGCUGCGCUUCGUGGGGAGUGCGUUUGUCGCCUGCCAGUUGAAGUAAGGGAUGGGAGGGAGAGUUCAUCUUCCCCAGGGCCGUGAUUUCACCUACUGCUGUGGUCGAGGGGAGCGUGCGAGCUGCCCACCCUACAGCCUGGAUCUUCGUAACAGAGGGUGACCAAGCAUGCUGCUCGCCCAGCCUGGCAAGAACUGACCUCUCUGCGUCCGCUCCUGCAACGCAGUACGUGCUGGGAGACUCGCGUUUCCGUGCCGUGCCUCGGCCUGUGCGUUAGAGCUCCUUCCACAUCUGUAGAUGUUUGCUGCGGAUGUUGGAGGAGCAGAUGCUUUGUAAUGUGAGUUUAAUGUGCUGGUUAAAUUCCAAAGGAAAAUCUUUGUGCUUUUAUUUGGCUUGUAUUUAAGUUAUGACAAACUUCCCCCCCCCCCUUUUAAA